GCACGGGAAGAGCCCCCGGAGCUGCAGCCGUGCUCGGGUCCCGGCACAAGCCCCGCCCCCCGCGCCGGUCCCGCGCCCCGCGCUGCGCCCCCGGGCCGGGCCCGGCCAUGCCAGCGCGGCCGGCGGGGUAGGGCGGCGGGUGCUGAGGCCAGGCCGGGGCCGCGGGGGGAUGCCGCCGCCGCCGCCCGGCGCCCAGAGCGGCCGCCGCCGGGAGCCGCUGGCCCCGCGCUGAGCCCGCCCCGCCCCCCCGGCCCGGCGGCAGGAUGCAGGUGCCGCCGCUGUUCCACGAGCUGUGCAGCGAGGACAGCGCGCCCAAGUGGCGGGGGCUGCUCGUGCCCGCGCUCAAGAAGGUUCAGAUGCAAGUUCACCCUAAACUUUCCUCUACUGAAGAUGCUUUACAGUACGUUGAGGAGUUAAUUCUGCAGUUGUUAAAUAUGCUGUGCCAAGCCCAGCCAAGAAGUUUUCUGGAUGUAGAGGAUCGUGUUCAAAAGAGCUUUCCCCAUCCUAUUGAUAAGUGGGCAAUUGCUGAUGCACAAUCUGCUAUUGAAAAAAGGAAGCGAAGAAACCCAUUAUCUCUCCCAGUGGAAAAAAUCCAUCCUUUGUUAAAGGAAGUUCUAGGCUAUAAAAUUGACCACCAAGUAUCUGUUUACAUAGUGGCAGUAUUAGAAUACAUUUCUGCAGAUAUCUUAAAGUUGGUUGGGAAUUAUGUACGAAAUAUAAGACAUUAUGAAAUUACAAAACAAGACAUUAAAGUGGCAAUGUGUGCUGAUAAGGUAUUAAUGGACAUGUUCCAUCAAGAUGUAGAAGAUAUAAGUGCACUAUCUUUAUCUGAUGAGGAACCUUCCACCUCCGGGGAACAGACAUAUUAUGAUCUAGUAAAGUCAUUCAUGGCAGAAGUUCGACAGUUUAUAAGGGAAUUAAAUCUCAUUAUUAAAGUUUUUCGAGAGCCUUUUAUUUCCAACUCCAAAUUGUUUUCAGCUCAUGAUGUGGAAAAUAUAUUUAGUCGUAUAUCAGAUAUUCAUGAACUUAGUGUAAAGUUACUGGGCCUUCUUGAAGACACUGUAGAAAUGACAGAGGAAGGUAGUCCCCAUCCUUUAGUAGGCAGCUGCUUUGAAGACCUAGCAGAGGAACUAGCAUUUGAUCCAUAUGAAUCAUAUGCACAAGAUAUAUUGCGGCCUGGUUUCCAUGAUCAUUUUCUAAGUCAGUUAUCAAAGCCAGGAGCAGCGUUCUAUUUACAGUCCAUAGGGGAAGGCUUUAAGGAAGCAGUUCAGUAUGUACUACCCAGGCUGCUGCUGGCCCCUGUUUACCACUGUCUUCACUAUUUUGAACUUUUAAAGCAACUAGAAGAAAGGAGUGAGGAUGAAGAGGAUAAAGAAUGUUUGAAGCAAGCGAUAACAGCCCUGCUGAACCUUCAGAGCAGCAUGGAAAGAACAUGCUCCAAAAGUCUUGCAAAGCGACGACUUAGUGAAUCUGCAUGCAGAUUUUAUAGUCAGCAAAUGAAGGGGAAACAGCUCGCAAUCAAGAAAAUGAAUGAAAUACAGAAAAAUAUUGAUGGCUGGGAGGGUAAGGACAUUGGACAGUGCUGCAAUGAGUUUAUAAUGGAAGGAACUCUCACACGUGUUGGCGCAAAACAUGAGAGACACAUAUUCCUCUUUGAUGGCUUAAUGAUUUGCUGUAAGUCAAAUCAUGGCCAGCCACGACUUCCUGGUGCUAGCAAUGCGGAAUAUCGUCUGAAAGAGAAGUUUUUUAUGCGCAAGGUACAAAUCAAUGAUAAAGACGACACUAAUGAGUACAAGCAUGCCUUUGAAAUCAUCUUAAAAGAUGAGAACAGUGUUAUUUUUGCUGCUAAAUCAGCUGAAGAGAAAAACAACUGGAUGGCAGCACUGAUAUCUUUACAGUACAGAAGCACUCUGGAAAGAAUGUUAGAUGUAACCAUGUUGCAGGAAGAGAAGGAGGAACAGAUGAGAUUUCCAAGUCCUGAGCUUUAUAGGUUUGCAGAACCAGAUUCAGAAGAGAAUAUUGUAUUUGAAGAAAAUAUGCAGCCCAAAUCUGGAAUCCCUAUCAUAAAGGCAGGAACUGUUGUCAAGCUUAUUGAGAGACUGACUUAUCACAUGUAUGCAGACCCGAAUUUUGUUCGGACAUUUCUCACAACAUAUAGAUCCUUUUGUAAACCUCAAGAAUUAUUGAGUCUACUGAUAGAAAGGUUUGAAAUUCCAGAGCCUGAGCCAACGGCAGCUGAUCGUAUGGCUAUGGAGAAUGGAGACCAGCCUCCCAGUGCAGAGUUAAAGAGGUUUAGAAAAGAAUACAUACAACCAGUACAGCUGCGAGUCUUAAAUGUAUGUCGGCAUUGGGUGGAACACCACUUCUAUGACUUUGAGAGAGAUGUUGAACUUUUGCAACGAUUGGAAGAAUUCAUUGGGACAGUAAGAGGUAAAGCUAUGAAGAAAUGGGUUGAAUCAAUCACAAAGAUAAUCCACCGGAAAAAGCAGGCACAAGCCAUUGGGCCAAGUCACAAUAUUACUUUUGAAAGCUCACCUCCUGCAAUUGAAUGGCAUAUUAGCAAACCAGGACAUAUAGAGACUUUUGACUUGCUCACUUUGCACCCAAUAGAAAUUGCUCGACAGCUCACUUUACUCGAGUCAGAUCUUUACAGAGCUGUACAACCAUCAGAGCUUGUGGGAAGUGUGUGGACAAAGGAAGAUAAAGAAAUUAAUUCUCCCAAUCUUCUCAAAAUGAUAAGACACACUACUAAUCUCACCUUGUGGUUUGAAAAAUGCAUCAUAGAAACAGAAAACUUGGAGGAAAGAGCAAUUGUAGUAAGUCGGAUAAUUGAGAUCCUGCAAGUUUUUCAAGAGCUGAACAACUUCAAUGGUGUCCUCGAGGUUGUCAGCGCUAUGAACUCCUCACCCGUGUAUAGACUGGAUCACACGUUUGAGCAAAUUCCAAGUCGUCAAAAGAAGAUUUUAGAAGAAGCUCAUGAGCUGAGUGAGGAUCACUAUAAGAAAUACUUGGCAAAACUCAGGUCUAUUAAUCCUCCAUGUGUGCCUUUCUUUGGAAUUUAUUUGACAAACAUCUUGAAAACAGAAGAAGGCAACCCUGAAUUUCUAAAACGACAUGGAAAAGAGCUAAUAAACUUCAGCAAGCGAAGGAAGGUAGCUGAAAUCACUGGGGAGAUACAGCAGUACCAGAACCAGCCCUACUGCUUAAGAGUGGAAUUUGACAUCAGAAGGUUUUUUGAAAAUUUGAAUCCAAUGGGAAGUAGCAUGGAGAAAGAAUUCACAGAUUAUCUGUUCAACAAGUCAUUGGAAAUUGAGCCACGAAAUUCCAAGCCUCCACCAAGAUUUCCAAAAAAAUACAACUAUCCCCUCAAGUCUCCAGGUGUUCGCCCUUCAAACCCAAGACCAGGUACCAUGAGACAUCCUACGCCACUGCAACAGGAGCCACGAAAAAUUAGUUACAGUCGCAUCCCUGAGAGUGAAACAGAAAGUACAGCAUCUGCACCCAAUUCUCCACGAACACCUCUGACUCCACCCCCAGCAUCUGCCACUUCUAGCACUACAGAUGCCUGCAGUGUAUUUGACUCGGACCCUUCGAGUCCUUUCCAUUCAAGAUCUGCUUCAGUGUCAUCCAUAAGCUUCACCAAAAGCUCUGAUGAAACACCUGUUCCCCCUCCCGUUCCUCCACGGAGACGACCAGAAUCUGCCCCAGCAGAAUCCUCCCCAUCAAAGAUUACUUCUGCACAUAUGGACAGUCCACCAGCAAUUCCUCCAAGACAACCCACUUCAAAAGUCUAUUCGCCAAGGUACUCGGUGCCAGAUCGGACCUCCAUAUCAGACCCCCCUGAAAGCCCUCCUGUUUUACCACCGCGAGAACCUGUGCGAACACCAGAUGUCUUCUCUAGCUCACCACUACACCUCCAGCCCCCACCUUUAGGUCGAAAAAGUGAACUCGGCAAUACCUUUUUUCCAAACAGUCCUUCUCCAUUUACUCCCCCGCCCCCUCAAACUCCUUCUCCACAUGUAGCACGGAGACAUCUGCCAUCACCUCCUUUGAUACCGCAAGAUGUGGACCUCCAACCUGUUGCUGGGCCACCUGUUCCUCCACGACAAAGCACUUCUCAACAUAUCCCAAAGCUUCCUCCAAAAACUUAUAAAAGGGAGCACACACAUCCAUCGAUGCAUCGAGACGGACCACCUUUGCUGGAGAACGCCCACUCCUCCUGAGUUAGUCUUUGCUGUUGGAGUUGCGUUUCCCUGGCGCUAUGUCUGUUGCUGGCAAUGGAUGCACUGAAUCUGCUGGCGCCAAGGAGUUAGUAUGUGUACACCAAACACUAAAAACUCUAUGAUAAAUUUGAAAUGCAGGAUGCAGAAACUGAAUCACAAAAGCAGACAUUAUCGCAAAGCAACUGAUGGACUUGAAGUUCCUAUUUUAGUAUGUGGGACACUGUUCUAGAGUAAUUGGACAACUGAUUGUACCAGAAAACAGACUCGAGGGACUUCUCUGGCCAAUGAGCAGAGACUGUGUUUUGUGUAAUGAUCUCUAACGUCCAGGACAGAAUAGAAAAGUAGUUUUGUGUGCAUCAGUCCCAUACAGUGACCCAGUUAUUGGAAUGAAAAAAUUAUGCACUUUUGGAAAAAAAAAAAAAAAUCUCAAACAGGGAACUUUGUAUCCUCCUUAACUUCCCUUUGCUUUUACUCCCUGCUUUCAAAUACUUUCCCAAAAUCAUGAAAAGGACUGUGAGGAAGAUCCGUGGUACCUAACUGUGUUAGAACAAAGGCAUAGCACUGCAUUGCGGUCCUGUUUACAAAUUGUUACAACGAAUAGUGUGGGUACCUAGGUCUCACCAAAGAGGUACUUAAUUAUUAUUUUAUGAAAUUAUGGUGCCAGUUCAAAAAAAAUUGCCAGGAAGCAUAAAUGUGUAAUUACUGCUUUCUUUAACUAGAGCAGAUUAAAGUCCUAUGUCAUUAAAAUGACGGCAGAAUUUUAAACAGCAGCACUAUUGUCUGAAGUAACUAUACUACUACAUUUAGGAGACUGUUAAUCUAUGCUAGGGUAUCUCCAUUCUUUUUAAGGUUUACUGAUAAUCCAUUUCAUGGCUUUUAGCUGUACUUAAUCAUGCCAUGAAAACACCAUCACUUGUUGUGAAAGGAGCACUUGCUGGCCAUUUUCCAUAGUUAUAGUCAUGUUUUACUAAUAAUAGAUUAAUCAGCAUACAUAGAAUUGCCUUGAAGUUGCGUAAAUCAUGUAUAUAGUGAAUGUUGCAUAAAUAUACUUGCAGAUUGUUUUUAAUUUAAUUGAAAUAGAGACAGAUAUUUGUUUCGCUGACGUACCUUAAAUUAUUACAACGACAAAUGUACAAUUCAGUUUUUCAGUUAAACACUGAAAAGGGGAUAAAAGCACAUGUUGUGGUACGCAUUUUUUCCUAGUUCAGUAUAUGUAUUUUAGUAAUAAAUAACAGUUUAAAGAAAAAUUGAGUUGUGGGCUGUGAAACAAAGAUUAGUUAGAAUGAAAGAGCUGGGUUUCUCCCAAAGUGAAUUACUGUAUACGUUUUAAAAUUUCCCAUAUCUCAUAUAUGCAGCGUGCUAUAGAAUUUCAAACUUUGUCUUAAAAAAAUCUCCUAAUCUUUACAGUAGUUAUUUACUGUGUCACAAAUGUACAUGACAGAGCAUUUACCUUCAUAAAUAUCAUGACAUGGAUUAUCCAUAAACCUGUGUACUGCUCUUCUGAUUCUAACCAAUACUGUGACAAUAAUGCAUGCCAGUUAUUGAAGAAAAGAAGUUUUAUUAUUCUCCACUACAGUAAUGUUUGUGAAGUGUGCAGUAUCUCAUCUUUAUUUAAUAAGGCUCAUGGGUCAUAGUAAAUUUCCAUCAUGUUUCUUCUUUGAUACAAAUACAUUUCAGCAACCCAGAAAGCCAUGUCAUUAACAAUGGUUUUCCUAGAGCAAUUAGUCAUGCUGGAAAUCCAUUUGAGUAACUUUUUACAGUGCCAUUAGAUCAGUAAAAUGUGCUCCAUCAUACUAGAACACGGUCUUUACAUUUCAGAAGAUGUUUAGCUUUCAUCAGCAUUAAGCAGCAAACUUUGUCGUAGCCAGAUACUGAGAAUUUGUUUGUGUAGCUUUAGGUUUAUAUAUCUAUUUUUUAAACCAUUUUCCUGGCAAAAAAAAUGGUAUUUCUCCUCUUUGUUUGUCAGAUUUAUAAACUCAGCUUCAAAGGAGGACUUUGACAUAUGUGCUUUAUCCAACCCUGUCCUGCAGGCAAUGUAGAGUUGCUAGUGCUUCAGAUUUAACUAAGGGAAAUGAAUAACCACGGGAAAGUUGUAAAAACUGAUGGCUUUCCAGAGGAAAUCCAAGGAGUUCUCCCUCAACGCCAGAUGUCCAAGCUCUUAUCUCCUGUUCUGUAUGCUCAGAAACAUGGUUGCUAGGAAGGGAGAGUGGUCCAGUGAUUAGGUCAUUGGACUGGAGUACAGGAGAGCCAGACUCCAUUCCUGUUUCAGGUACAGACUUUUUGUGGGUUCUAGCAGGAGUUACUAAAUCUUAUUUGUGCCUCGAUUUCCCUUUUGUGAAAUUGGAAUAAUACCACCUCCCUUCCAAGUUGCACUGAGGAUCCAAAGCCCUUAAUUAUGAGGAAAUCAAGCACUACAUGAUGAGCUUUUAAAUUCCCUUUAGACUGCAGCACCAUCCUUCUCCCCUGCACCAUCCUUCUGUCAUGCAGAAGAUGUCAGUGUUCACCAGUGCAAGGAACACUCCCUCACUGACAAAGUAUCAAAGACGAGACUAAAAAACAACCAGAUCCCUUGCAUCUAGGCUAGAAGUUUAGAGCAGUGGUUCUCAACCUUUUUUGUACCAGGACCCAUUAGUAAACAUUGAUGGCCUGUCCUGACCCACUGCCCCCAGACCUCAGCACUCCAGUGUGUGGAGCGGUGGGGGGCCCCAAACAGACCCUUGCAGGCUGGAACUCUGCCAGCCUGCAAGGGAAAAGCCACAGUUUCCCACAUUUUUCUCCUUUAAAGGAUAAUCCAUUUUUAAAGUUUAGUCACAACUCUCAUAUAUUCUUGCGACCCAUGGGUUGAGAAAUGCUGGUCUAGAGCACAGAUGCAAAGCACUGGCUUGUCUCGUAGGCUGUCAGUUUCAUUUGCGAGAAAUAAUUCUUUUAGCACUGAAUUUCUCAUUUGGCCAUGUUUGUAUUGGCGACUGAUGUGCCUAGGAUGGCAAAACAAAUAUCGUUAAAUGCAGGCAGAGAAAAUGGAAUCAUAUUUUGUUAUUCACACUGGCCAGGGAGUUGGUAAAAUGACUUAAAAAAACAGCAGGGGAUGAUGAAACAUACUUCAGUGUUGGCCAAGCACUGUCUAAAUUAGAUUGGUGCAUUGCUGUAGACCCCAGACUAAAGUCUGACACUGCUCAAAAGACAGCAUAUACUGCUACAGAGAGCUGUUCUUCAGCUGCUGGGUGCUUAGGCUGGGGAGGGUGAGAAAUGGAGGCCUUCAAUGAACAGAGGUCACCAGUGCUUUAUUUAAGCCAUUUCUAAAUUACCUCUCUCCUUGAUUUAGAAUGCAGUGUAAUGGUGUAGGAUAAUAACCAUAAAUUCAUUUUUAAAGAAAUAAAAACAAUCACUUGGAUAAGUUUGUUUAAAAAAAAAAAAAAAAAGUUCUCCAAAAAAAAAAAAGCUGGUAUUUCUAGCAUUGCACAUUUUAUUUCAAAUCAGUUUAUAAUAAAAUACAAGGAAAAGUUAAUUAAUUCCCUGCCUGGUUACUAGGCGGUAAGUACGGCUGUCAUGGUGUUCAGUAAUUGAGAUAUGAUUUUGGUGUGUCAUCUUGGAGAAAACCUAACUUGUGUUUCAGAAUCAGUACCAUGCCAUAAACUAACAAUCACUUCUAGGGUGAGCUCUUGUGAUUGUUUCUAAAUUCUUGCUUAACUGUCACUUUACUUUACAAGGUAGAGAGGCCCAUGUCCCAAGAGAAGUCUGUUUAUGGUUCCUUACUGGCCUCUUCUCUUGAGUUUUAGGUUAUCAGAAUUGUGUGUGUCCAUGUGUCUUGCUUUUAGUAUGUGACAUCUUAAAUUAGACUUUCCUUAUUAGAAUAAGCUCCAGUAUCAUUUUUACUCUGUUGCAACUGAUCCAAAACUCACUGAAAUUUAUGGGAAUCUUUCCACACACGUUAGUGGGUUUUGGACCCAGGUCCUUGAUGUGCUUUUGAAAGAGAUGGUUCUAUUAUGUUAUAUUCAAGGAAGUCUAUUCUGUACCACAAGGUCUGAUUAAAUGCACUUGUUUUGCUACAGGCCUUGUGGCAUCGUAAAGAAAAGGAGGUGUCUGCUGUAGUUCUAGUCUUGACCUGGCAUAGCAGGUGUGUAAACAGCCUUUGGUACUGAUGAUUCUAGUGGUUCUGCUUUUAAACUCAGUUAAGAAAAGCCCCUCAUUUAUGAAUGUUUGUCUUAGAAUUGUAACAGUGUUCCUUAAAACUUGGCCUGCAGUAUGUAAAAAUUGCACCUUGCCCCCCUCUCAAGGUGAAUACCUUUUCAGCUAACAAGCACGGUCUUGCUGAAAAAUCCAUUUGAAAAGGGUAAAUAAAAAUGUUGGCAGCUUCUUAGAUUUUUCUCUUUAAAUAUCUUAUUUUAACUGUUGAAGUGUCAUUUCAAAAUGUUUGAUGCAUGGGCUGAAGUCUUUUUUAGCUCUGUUAGGUAAGGAAAGAAACAUGUGGCCCAGUACAGUUCUAAGCCAAAAGCACUUGUAACUUAGUUUGUAAAUUUCAUGCCUUAUUUUCCAUUUUUUUAAAGAAGAAAAACCUUAAAGUGCAUUUUUCUGUCAACUGUGAGCAAGUUUCCCUUUUGCCUUUAAUAAAAAACAGUGCAUUAAGUAGCCAACUGCUGCAAAGUUGCAAAUCAAGUGAACUAAGGGUAGGUCACACUUGACUCCCUAACAAACAAACAUGAAGUCAUGUUCCAGGUGACUGAAAGGUUGAAAGGGAAAAAAAUCCUGUGCCAGAUGCAUGCCAGUUUUAGUAGCUGCCAAAUGUGCCUUUUUAUUAAGAACAUCUGUAAUUUUUUUUCACUACAAGGUAGACAAUAUGGGUGUGUGGGGUAGGGUUUAUUUCGGACAAAUUUGGUUAAUUUACUAGAGAACAAGCCUUUUUCUGUUUGUCCAACUGUAAUGUAAAAAUGUUAAGUUCCAAUAAGUUUGUUCUAGUAUAUAUGUACAUUUGCCUUUGUUUUAAUGGCAUGGUUAUUUGGUAAAAUAAUUAAAUGUCAAAAAGCUAUGUCAAUCUGGCCCAGAUGUAAAAAUAAAGUGGUAAUCUUCAACUGGCACAUCUUAUGACCUGUGUACCUAACCAUGUCUGUAAGUGAUCUUCGUAUGCUAUGUCUGCAAUGGUAUUCAGAUUGCAUUUAAAGUGACAAUUACUAGUGGCUGUUACUUUUUGGCAUUAAAAAGAUAUGUUCUAAAAAUAAAAAAUGCCUUACAUAUCC